AUGUUUACCAACAAAGAAAUCUCUGCUAAUGAGAAUCGAAAUAACGUUAAAAAUCAUAAAAAUGUUGAAAUGGAAGAAGGAAAAGGUGAUUCUAAAAAAGUUGGAAAUGACAAAAGAUUACUUCUUUUAAGGCAUAGUUUACAAAAAUUAGUACUUCUUGGAGAAAUAAAUAAUGCUAAUAUGAAAAUAGUCGACGAUACAUUUAAAGAAAUUGAAAAUGCAUACAUAACAAUCGAAAUGUUAAAGAAAUGUAAAUUGGGAAUUAUUAUGAGAAAAAUUUCCAAAAAAACAAUUAAUAAUGACAUAUUUAACAUAGUUGAAAGAAGUAAAGCCCUCAUGGAAAGAUGGAAGGCUAUGUUAGAAGCGAAAUUAUUAGAAGAAGAUAAAUUUUCUUCUGAAGCUUCGUCGUAUUCAUCUUAA